UCCACAUUCUCCCUCGGUUUGACGUGGUUUUUACGGGACACCCUGUAUAUAGAAUAUUAAUUUCUAGCUUCAUGCAAAAAUUUCUUGUUAAUAGAGAAUAGAUGAGGCCUCAGAACCACAUGAGGUUCAAGAAUUUACAACGAAAAAAAAAGAGGAAAGCACUGAAUUCAAGAGCUUUUGAGCGCUCAUCAUUCAUGCGCCAAUUGAAACCUUGGAGACCACAUAUAGGCAUCAAUGAACGAGGGCUAAAAAGCACAUAAUUCACGUCAGUACUUAUUUCCUUAUUUUAAUUUGAUUUUGAUAUUUGACAAUUGUUUGCGGAAACAAAAUUUGUACUUACAAUAAUAUGUAAGUAAUAUACUUAGUUUUUUUUUGUUGUACCUACAAUACAUCCCGUACAAUGUUUUUCAUGAUAAAAGAAAAUAUAUUGGAGAAAAGAGAAAAUUCCAACUACAAUUUAAAAUUGAUUCCCGGGUCUUUGGAGCAAAUAAUCCACUAGAAAAUUGACAAAUCCAAACUUUCCUCUUCACGGACACCUGCACACAAUGGAUUAUAUCAUAUUAAAACUGUAACUGUAUCAUGAAAUGAAAUAAAUGCAACUCUAUUGUCUUCGGCAGCAUUAUAAAUCCGGGAAGACCAAUAUCCCACAUAUUUGUCUCUUAUAAGAAUGUCUGUAUAGGUGUAGUCGUGAUAAAAUUAUGAUGUUCAAUUUUCUUUUUGUAAUCCUGCUGAUCGAAAGAAGCUUAGGUGAAAACGCCGAAGAAAUAAACUCUAAAUUAACAAGUGAUCCUCCGUUUGGCUUUAAUGUGUCCGAGAGUCAAGUCCAAAACUCUAGUAUUAUAUCGGUGAAUACCGAUGUGUUUGUCUCUACGUCAGUACCAUCAACGCAGAACGUUCACGUGAUUAAAGCAGUAGAAAUAGGGACAAACAACACCUUGUAUAAAAAAGCGAAAGGUAACGAUGAGUUCAGACCAAGUCCUGAAGUUAAAGAACUGACUUUCGAAAGAAAUAUUGUGCCUGUUAAACCAGCUUACGCAGAAGCCAAACAUACUAGCUUGAACGUAGACGAACAAUUCGGAAAAUCGAAUUCACCCUGGGAAACUACAUGGAACCCUGCGAAUUUUCGAUUUCCGGAAACCAAAGUACCAACUGCUAAAGACAGACCGUACAAAUUUGAAGAAAACCGUGGACGUACUUUUGGAUUUUCGGGAAAGAAUGACUACGAUUCUGCGUCGGAUAAACCACUGAUCAAUUUGGGUGCCAAAAUUCCUAUUUCUGCCAGUGGCGGCGGUGGCACAGGCAUUGGAGGUGCAGCAUGGGAUAUUGGAGGUUAUUCGUAUCCAAGCAGCAAUAGGUACCUACCGAAAAAGCCAAGUUAUGGUUACGAAUAUGGAGGAUAUAUUGAGAAACCACCAACAGGGAUUGAGCAUCAUGGAGGACAUGAAUACCCUGUAAAGAAAUAUGACAAUCCCUGGAAGAAAAUCAUUAAAAUCAUUGCUGCUUUCAUACCAAUAGGACUCUUGAUAAGUGCGUUAACUCCAACUAUUAUCACUGUCAGUCCUGUGAAUGCUACCAUGACGAGAUCAAGAGAUGAAGAUACGCACAGUUCUACAAUAAAGAAAUUGGUGUCAUCACUAGGAUAUUUCAACCAACUCGACGAUAAGGACUGUGAAAAUAGACUGCUUUGUGAGCUUAUUCUCAGUGCCUCUUCAUCUCAAAAUGCAGAACUUCACAUCGAAAAUUUCUUGAAUAAUUUUUCUAACAGGGGAAAAUACACGACAGAACGAGAAGAAGAGUUGAAAAUGAUAUUUGACUCAGUAAAAAAACAACGAUGUAAUGAAAUCAUAUGCAAGGGAAUAAGAGAUUAUACUUGAUGUUGCGAGAGAAAAUGAACUGAUUUUAUAUGACUUAGUACUUAGAAAUAAAAAUUAUACCAAUAAAA